AUGACAACCCAAAAUUCUGUUAUUAAUUGGAUCUCUCUUCCAAAAUUCGGUUAUGGAUUUGCAAUAUAUCCAUUCACUCCAGGGUCUUCAAAUUCGACCAAUUCAACCAAAGGGGAAGCAGUUGUUUCUGACGCUGACGCUUCAUCAAUAACUUCCACAAAUGAAAAUUCUCCCAUCAUAUCUUUUCAAGUAACUCUUGAAGUAGGAGACGAAGUUUAUGUUUUUGAAGAACAAGGCGCCUGGUAUCGUGGUUAUGUUGUUUCUCAAUUACGACAAACAGAAGAACCUCAAGUUUAUGUUGGUAUUUUUCCAAUGAAUCAUGUCUAUAUUAAAGAAUAUUUGGAUGAUAUAGAAUUAUUACAAGAAAAUAGUGAUGUCGCUUCUAUAUCAGAAAAUGAAAAAUACACUAGACCUCCUCCACCUUUACCUUCUCUCAAAUGUGGAGAUGAUACAGUCAGUGGAAAAAGUGAACCUUUAGUUGAUGAGAUCGCUAGUACCGUUAGAGAAUGGAGUAGUAUAUUACCGAAAUAUUUGGAAGAAAGAAAUUAUGAUAUGUUCAGAACAGUCAAAGAUCAAAUAAAUAAUUUAUUACAAGGGAGACGUCAAUUGUUGGCUCAAACGUUAUCACAUGAUGAACUAAGCAAAUUACGGAGGGAACUUAUUAAUAAACUUGUAUCUGGUAACCUAAUUCAAAAUUUAGAUAUCAUUGUACGAGAUCCAGAGAGAGGUUUUCUUGCUGACGAAACGAAUAUAUCUGCUAUUCGUCUUUAUCAAUUACAAACGCAAUUAUCAACUUUGAAUAUUGAUAAACAAAAAUCUGAAUCUGUCUUACUAAGUCCUGCAGCAUCAACUCCUAACGCGCAACAAACACAAUCUUCAUCAACAUUAGCUGAUACAGGAAGUCAUAUCCCAAAGUUUUAUCACAUAUUUUUGGAUUUAAAAGCCUGGGUGGCAUCAAUUUCAGCACCUGGUGAAUACACUGAACUUUAUUUUUCAUUAUAUACAAAAGCUGGUGGACGUUUUAUUACAGAAGAAUACUUUAUUGUGUUUAAUCAUAAUGGUGUACCAAAGGAUGAAUCGAAGAUAGGAAAAAUUCGGACGAUUUUUACUGAUCUUUCUCAUCACGAUAUCCAGGAACAAAUUUAUUUAGUUUGUCGAAUUGUCAGGACGGGUAGUAUGAAAAUUACAGAUAGAGAUAAAGAAAUACCAAAGGAAGUUGGUUCAAUGACCUCAUUGUUUUCUAAAUCUUUAAAAGAAACAGAAAAUGCUGAUCAAUCAACGCAACAGGUCAAUGGAAAAUUACCAACACAAGCAUUCCGUAGACCUUUUGGAUGUGCUGUUCUCGAGAUUAGUCAUCUUCUUCAAGGAAAGGAAAAAGAAUCUAUGAGCGAACACGUAAUGCCAAUUUUUGUUCCUAUACAAGAGUCAACUUUUGCCACACUUCAUGAAGACAUUAUUAUGGAUCAUAUUAAAGAUUUUGAAAAAUCACCACGUGCAGAAAUGGUAAGCGUCUCAAUUCGUCCUUAUUAUGGUGAGGCAGCUACUAUUAUUAAAGAAAAUCCAGCAUUGCUACAAGAUAUUCCUAUUACAUCUCGUCUUGGUUUUCCUGAUGUUGUAUUUCCAGGGGACGUACGAAAUGAAAUUUAUAUCAAAUUAAUAUCAGGUGAUUUUUCACAAGGACGUACUACUACCGCAAAAAAUAUUCAAGUUACAGCAGAAGUUAGACUUAAUUCAGGAGAAACAUUAGAAAAUGUAAUAUCACAAGGAACCGGUGAGCCUCGAACAACACACUUCGAGUCACUAGUUUUUUAUCAUUCUAAUAAUCCUAUGUGGGGCGAAUUAAUAAAAUUAUGCAUUCCAAUAGAAUUAAUUGAACAAGCUCACUUGUUUUUCACAUUUCGUCAUCGAUCGACAAGGGACAAGAAGGAAGAUAAAAUUUAUGCAUUUGCUUAUAUUCCUUUGUUCCCAGAAAAUCGUGCUUUCAUUAGUGAUGGAAAGCAUAAUCUUACUUUAUAUAGAUAUGACAAACAAUUGAUUAAUUCUUCCUCAUAUUUAAAAGCUCCUUGGACACCUUCCGCUACAAUUCCAGAUACUGUUUCUGUACAUUCUUUCACCAGUUCGCAUUCGACUCAUAAAUUAGUUACUUCGUCUAGGGAAUCUAUGUCAAUAAUGACAUUUUUAUGUUCUACAAAAUACACACAAAAUGAAGUAUUACUUAAAUUAUUGAAUUGGGAAAAACAACUUUUGUCAGAUGCACAUGAAAUGGUAUCUGUUUUGAAAAAAUUCACUUUUGUCGGUGAAGUCGAAAUAGUAAAAUUUUUACGAGAUAUUUUUGAUGCACUUUUUGGGAUUCUUAUUUCUACAAAAAAUCAACAAGGAGACUUAGAUGAUUUGAUAUUCAGUGCCCUUGUAACAAUACUUGGUAUAGUUUCUGAUCGACGAUUUACGAAUUUCCGACCAGUACUUGAUGUUUACAUAGAAAAACACUUUACUUGUGCUCCCGCAUCUUCUCAUUUGAUUCGAUCAAUGAAUCGUCUUAUCUCUAAUCCAACCAAUCCUGAUAACGCACAAAAUUUACGAUCCGCCAUUAAAGUAUGGCAAUAUAUUUUUAAGAUAAUAUUACGAUCUCGAGAACUUCAACGAACCAAAGAAACUGAUAUUGGAUUAUCCGGAAAUUAUGUUGAGGAACAGUUUAAAAAAGAUCUUUUUGCACUUUUCAAAAGUAUAGACAAGCUCAUGUCAAUCACUACUCCCCAAUCAAUCAUUGGUACGCAAACAUUGGCCUUGCAAAAUUUUGCAUCUAUAUUUUCAGAUCUGGGUAAAUGUUUUACACCGGAAGAUCUAGUACAAAUUGCGAUUCGUUUUACCGAAUCUGUAAGAUUACCUAAGGGUAAACUAUUAGCAUAUAAAUUGUUAGUUGUACUUCAAUUCUGUAGAGGACCAUUAUUUGAGAACGCAGAAUCUCGUGCGAUUCUUUUACGUAGAGUAGUUGAGUGGGUAGCGGAUCAUAUGGGUAAAUGGGAAAAAACAGGAAAAGUUAUUGAUGUUGAAACUGCUAGAAUGCAAUGGCAAGAUGGUAUCCGUUUAUGUAUUACAAUUAUUGCUGUCAUGUUAGAGAGCUUACAAAAUACCAUUGAGUUAUCUACUGAUGAGGAAUUUUUACAAAGAGAAGUUGAAAAUGUAAAAAUAAUUCAUCCACUCAUGAUGAAACUUUGUGAAUCCUAUAGAGAAUUACAUAUAACUAAUAAUGGUUCACGUCAAAGAAAUGAUCGAACUGCUUCUAUCGGAUCCUUAUCUAUGUUAACAAGUUCAUAUUUAAACCAGACUCCUGCUCUAACAAAUAAAUAUUCAAGGGAAUUUCCUUUUUAUCAAUUUCAAAGUUCUAAUUCUAUUGGAUUAGGAGAAAUAUCGUCUGUGAUAUUACAAAUCUUGUUUUUAUUAACGCAAGAUAAUAUAAAAGAACAUUUGCUUUCCACUUAUUAUCGUGAAGGACACGAUGCUACUGGAGAAUUCUUGAUUUUACUAUUCCAGGUAGCAAGAUCAAUUCUAAAAAAUGAAGCAUUUCCGUCAUCUUGGUUGAACAUGAAUAUUAUGUCUCUUAAGGUUUUCUUGAAAUUCCUUGAGCCUGUUUCUUCCUUGAUGGAAAAGAAUUAUAUACCUGAUAAAGAAGCUCCCGAAAAUUUUAAUGAACAGCUUUGGCGAGAAUACUUCAAUUUUCUAUUAUGUUUGCUUACCAAUGAACAUUUAAUAAUUGAAAAUUUCACACCACAAAAACGUCGAGCAAUCUGGCGACUAGCAGGUGAUCUUCGAGGACAUGGUGCUAAACUGUUAUCAAACUUAUGGGAUUCUCUUGGUUGGAGACAAGGCAAAGAUGGUAAAAUGGCAGGUUAUCAAACUCGUUUUAUUAAUACACUUUUAGGUCCGAUAUUAGAAUUAUGUUUAUCUCAUCAUGAUGAAUUACGUUCAGCGGCGAUCACAGUAUUGUUUAGUAUAAUAGUAACGCAAUACACUAUGGAAGAAGAUCUUAAACAAAUGGAAUCAGAUAUAAUAGAUUUGUUAGAUAAAUUAUUUAUGUCAGAAAAUAAGGGAGAUGAAAUUUCUCGUGCUUACUUUAUUGUUCAAUUACGAAGUUUAUUUGAGGAUUCUAAUGUUGAUGCUCCAUUGAAAGAAAUUAUUAUGAAAUUUUUGGAUUCACUGAGUGAAUUUUUAGAACUUUUACUUGGAGUCCGUGAAUUACCUGAAGGUGAUGAAUUUCAAGAUGAUCGAAUAAUGUGUACUCUCAAAUUAAUGAAAUUCAUCAAAUCCAUUGAACGUGAUCAAAUAUACAUCAAAUAUGUUCAUCAAUUAGUUCAAAUGCAAGUUAAUUAUCUUAAUUUUGUUGAGGCUGCAUUAGCGCUUAAACUACACUCCGAUUUAUAUGAAUGGGAUCCAAACUCUGAAGUUGAGGCACUUCCAGACUUAGAUUUCCCUAAACAAUCCCCAUUUGAUCGAAAAGAAAGAUUAUAUAUACAAAUUCUAGACUAUUUUGUAAAGGGUAAAGCAUGGGAAUGUGGUAUUGAAAUUUGCAAAGAAUUGGCUCGACAUUUUGAAUAUACGACCCAUGAUUACCAACGUCUCAGUAAUAUUCUUAAACAACAAGCUGUACUACAUGAAAAUGUGAUUAAAAAAGAAAGAUAUUUCAGUGAAUAUUUCCGAGUUGGUUUCUAUGGUAGAGGAUUUCCGGCUAGUUUACAAAAUCGUCAAUUCAUAUACCGAGGAUAUGAAUGGGAAAAGAUUGGAGCAUUCUGUGAACGUAUGCAAAACAAGCAUCCUCAAGCUCAAUUGUUAAAAUCAAAUAAUCCUCCAACAGAUGAUAUUCUUUAUGGAGAUGGACAAUUUUUACAAGUGACGGCAGUAAAUCCCGAACCUGAUAGAAAUAAUCCUGUAUUUAAAGGAGAUGUACCUUCCGCAAUUCGUAGUUAUUAUGAGCAUAAUUCCGUAAAUACAUUUUGUUUUUCACGACCAGUAAAUAAGAAUCCUGAUGGAGUGAAAUCAUCUAAUGAGUUUUUAGAUCUAUGGACAGAAAAGACUAUAAUGAUAUCUGAGGAUUACUUUCCUACCGUACUUCGAAGAUCAGAAGUUAUUCAAGUUACAAUUAUUGAAGUAUCACCAAUUGAAAAUGCUAUUGCCACUAUGAAAGCAAAAAAUCGUGAAUUAUUGGCACUUGAGGCAAAAUAUAAUGCUUAUCUUUCUUCAAAAAACGUUGAUAUUGAUAAAAUAAAUACCAAUCCAUUAUCUAUGUCAUUAAAUGGUGCUGUAGAUGCACCUGUCAAUGGUGGUGUCCCAAUGUAUAAGAAAGCAUUUUUUGGAUCAGACUUUUUAACAGCAAAUUCUGAUAAGGAAGUUUUUGUUGAACAACUAAAGGAGGCAAUUGAGGAACAGGUUCAUAUAAUUGAUAGAUCUUUGGAUAUACAUGAACGUUUAGUUUCCAAUGAAAUGCGUCCACUGCAUGAUACACUCGUUAAAUUCUUUCACCGAAAUUUUUCGGAAGAAAUUUAUCGAUUAGCCGAGCGUAAAAAAUCGAAGGCUCAAAAUUCAGUAAAAAACGCGAAACCAUCUAAACUAGUGACAUCUGAUUCAUUUACCGCAUCACCAUUUUUCCUUCCACCAUUAAAUAUCAAUAAAUCAUUUGGAAUUCCAUCAACAUAUGGAGUUCCAUCAUAUACAACCGAAUCAUUAUCACCUAUAUCUCCCAUAUCAAUGCCACUGUCUAAUUCUUCAAUAAUAACAAGAGUAACGUCGGUGAAAUUAAAUUCAAAGUCCGUAGGUUCACAAUCAGAUAGUUGUUCGAAUACUGCUUCGGCAACAUAUACUAAAAGUCCAUCAGAAGGAGGGAGCAGUAAUAAUAGCAUUGAUGAUACAAUUGCGGACAUGCCGGUAAUUAAGAAGAGAAGUACAAUUAAAGAACGUCAAAACUCGUCUCCAUUUAGUGAGAAACGUAUGAUCCUUAGAGGAUUCUCAUUAAAUCGUAAUAAAAGUACUACACAGCAAGGAACAAAAUAUCUUUCUCAUCCAGAAAUAAGAAUAACUUAUCAUAUCAAUAUAAUUAAGAUGACAUCCAAUUAUCUCACACUUUCACAUAUUGGUCUUGGAACAUAUCGAAUGUGUGCCAACGUCUUGAAAAAUAAAGUAGCUUUUUAUGAAGCACUUACUAGAAAACCUAAAGCUCCAAUUAUCAAUGUUAUCGAUACUUCGCCAAAUUAUUUUAAUUUAGGAAGUACAAUAUUCAAAAGAGAAGAUAUUUUUUUGUCAUCAAAAUUUGGAAACAUAAUAGGAGAAAAUAUGAGAAAUAUAGAAAGUGAAAUUGAAUGCCUUAAGAUUCCGAGUGGAAAUAUUGUUAAACAUUCAGAAUAUUGUUAUCAUUGUAUCCAUCCAGAAUUUAUGAGAGCUCAAUUACACAAAAGUUUGGAACAAUUGAAAACAAAUUAUUUGGACUUUUUUUUUAUUCAUAAUCCUGAAUACUUUUUAAAGAAACAUGUUAAAUUUACUGCUAAUAAUCGUAAAGUCCUUGGAAAAGUAAUUAUAGAAAGAAUUAGUGAAACAUUUAUUGCAUUAGAGCAAGCAAUUUCUCAGGGUCUAAUUCGUUCAUAUGGAAUUAGUUCAAGUAGUUUUGCCUUACCAAAUACUGAUCAAAAUUUCUUACCAUAUGAGGAUUUGUUAGACAGAGCAAGAAAAGCAUCAAGGAUUGUUAGAGGAACUGAAAAUCAUGGAUUCACGGCCAUACAAUUCCCGGCAAAUAUGUUGGAACCAAUUGGAUUGGAAACUACUGCAAAAUGGGCUAAAAGUAAUGGAUUAAAAGUAUUUGUUAAUAGACCUUUUAAUGCAUUUACUAAAGAUGGCAGAUUUCGCUUAGCCAGUUAUCCGAAAUCUUCAUAUGGCCAAAUCAAAGAAUCAACUAUAGAAAGGCUUAAAUCAUCUACUCAAGGAUAUAAUGAUUUUCAUAUAGAAGGUUUAAUUGAUUGGAUAAUUCGAAUUGGUUCACAACUUUCUGAGUUUGAGUCAAUAUAUCAUUUUGAUGCUUAUAAAGUAAUUUUAGAACAAAGAAUUAAAAAAGUUCAUAAAGAUCCAAUGAUAAGAAUGAUUUUAAAAGAUUUCAUUAAUGGACUUGAAGAUGAAAUAAGAUAUAGAGAUUCACGAAGAGUUGAAACCUAUCUUAAAAAAAAUGGAUGGGAAAGUUUGAUAAAAAAUAAACCAAUAGAAGAAGUAGCCUAUGAAUUUUUAAAAGAUAGUGGAGUAGUAGAUUGUGUUUUGAUGGAGUUAACUGCAAAGAAUUAUGUUGAUUUUGCUAUUCAAAUGUUAGAGAAAUAUAAGUAA